CAAACACUCUAGAGAGGGUUUUGUUCAGCUCUGCUCUCUGAUUCACCAUGAAGCUGUACGUGAUCAUUCCACUGUGGGCUCUGCUCACAUUCACCCAACAGGCGUCUGCACUAGAAAUAUGUGCAUGUGAGCUGAAUAUCUCAGAGAAGGCAUUCCCUCAUGAAAAACUCAGGAUAGUUGAAACCAACGUAUCAGACUGCAACAGCAACAUCACCCCACAGAAGACUGUGGAGCUGGAGAGUCUGCUGCUGGGGUUGGAGCAUCGCCUUUCCCAGCUGAACAAAGACGUACUGAUCCUGGAGAAGGAGGAUGACGGAGAGCUGUAUGGAGUUCUCAGCUUGUAUGUUAUAGAGAAUGAAAUGACUGAGAUCAAGCAGCUGAUUGACAAGCUCAACAGCACCAUGCAGAAACACCAGAUCCUCACUGCUAACGCCACUAAACAGCUGGAGAACUUGAAAACAGAGAUGCAAGAGCUGGAGAAGUUCGACACCAUGCAGGUGAUAAAGGGACAACAAGCCAUUGCUGCUCUGAAGGUUGAUCUACGCAAGUGCAGCGAAAAACUGAACACUACUGUCGCACCCACGGAGCCUCCACAGGGCUACCCAUACACUGACCUGGACCUGGCAACAGAUGAGUCUGGUGUCUGGGUGGUCUACACCACCACUCAGGACUUUGGCAACUUGGUUCUCUCCAAGCUAGAGGAGGGUGAACCACCAACACUUAGGCGUACCUGGCGCACUUCAGUCUAUAAGCGGGCAGUGACCAACACCUUCAUGGCGUGUGGCGUUCUCUAUGCGACACGUUACAUUAACAGGGAGGUCGAGGAGAUCUUUUACUCAUUCAACACCGUGACGGGACAGGAGAAGUUCAACAUUGGCAUCUUCAUGAACAAGAUGUCUCCCAACAUUCAAAGCCUAAACUACAGCCCUGUGGACCAGAUGCUGCAUGCUUACUGUGACUCCAACAUGGUUUCCUACAAGGUGUUGUUUGGAUAAACUGAUGUUGUUGUUUCAUUUCUGCAAAAUUGAUUGAUCUCUAUAAAAGUCUGAAUUCAAAACAGUUUUUCCUCAAGAUGUUUCAUGUUUAAUGCAUCACAUUUCAUAAACAAUGUAUUUCUCCAUUAAUCUAAUUCUACCAUUGUAAAUAAAAGGUUCAUCUUUGCUUUGUACUCUCUUUAUUCAAUAAAAUCAAUAAUUUCCAGUGUAGUGGUUUUAAUGUUCAGGAUCAGUCUAACUAUGUUAUUAUAUCUUUUUUUAUGUAAACAUACAAAUGUCAUAUUCUCAUAAAAGUCACAAGAUUGUUGUUCUGACAUUUGUGGAGAAAUCCUUGCAGUGACAUUAGAGUAGCAGUUAUCUAAAUAAGUAAAUUAAAUUCAAACAGAUUACCAACUGUACCAGUGUAAAACUCUAAGUACUGGCUCUUUCCAUGUGUGACAUAAAAAUCCUCUUUUUCUGAAUGCAGAAAACUAAUCUAUGAUUAAUUUUACAGACAAUUGUUU